GAAGAAAGAUGGCGGCGGCCGCUGCAGUAGCAGCAGCAGCUGAGGACGAAGAAGUAGCCAAGAGGAGGAAGGCUCACGGAAUGCUGAAGCUUUACUAUGGGAUAACAGAGGAGGGCAAAGGUGGCGAGAGGCUGCUCGAGCCUACCGAUAUCGAUGGCGUACACUUCGAUCCGGAGCUCUACCUCACCCAGUUAAGAAAAGAGAGGUCCCUGGCUCAGUUGAUGGACGUGGAGUCCGACAUGGUACGUCAGAUCCGAGCCCUGGACAGUGACAUGCAGACCCUGGUGUAUGAGAACUAUAAUAAAUUCAUAUCAGCAACAGACACCAUCCGUAAGAUGAAGAAUGAUUUCAAGAAGAUGGAGGAUGAAAUGGAUGGACUCGCGGCAAACAUGGCAGUAAUCACUGAAUUUAGUGCUAGCAUCAGUAGCACACUACAAGAGAGACACCAACACAUUACCAAGCUUAGCGGUGUCCACACCCUUCUACGUAAGCUGCAGUUCCUGUUUGAACUCCCUGCCCGCCUAAAUAAGUGUAUCGAGCUCAAAGCUUAUUCACAGGCCGUGUCCUAUCACUCCAAGGCCCGCAGUGUGCUCCACCAGUACCAGCACAUGCCCUCCUUUCACGGCAUUCAGACUGACUGCCAGGCUAUCAUGGCAGGACUGGCAGAUACUCUUCGGCAGAGGUUCAGGGAUUCUUCAUCAUCCACGCAGGAGCUUUCAGAAUGUGUAGAGUUGCUUCUAAGUCUGGAUGAACCUGCCCACCUUCUAUGCGAUGAGUUCCUUGCCCAUGGUCGUGGACGGCUGGCUUCCCACCUUUCUGAUUUGGAGGGUUCUGGUGAUGUCUUGGAGUUUGUUGAUAGGGGCUGUGGUGGUUUCAUCAGCGAUUCCUGCCUUCUUGCAGCUUCCUACCAAGCACUCUUUUGUAAGGAACCUGGCAGUACAGCACAAAUGGCAGAGCAGAAACUGACAAAAUUUUUAGAGGAACUAAGUGAAGGAUAUUUCGAGCUGGUAGAGAUCAGACUUCGGCAGGAAAAGAGUCUAGGAGACAAUUCUCUGCUAGUGCGUGCCUUGGAUAGAUUUCACAGACGGCUACAAGCACCAUCUAAGCUAGUGCCAGGGUGUGGUUUCAAUCGACGAGGCACAGAGAUCGUUGUGAGAGUAGCACAAGAAAGAUUAGCUCAAUACCUGCAGGCACUAAAGGACUUUUUCCAGGGCUGCCUUACCGAUGUUCGACAGGCUCUGGCAGCUCCAAGAGUACCUGGGAAAGAAGCUCCAGCACUGGGCGAACUCCUGGCAGGGCUGUCUGCUUCUGUUCUCAACCAGAUAAAGACUGUAUUGGCUGCUGUGCAUCUCUUCACUGCUAAGGAUGUGGCCUUUUCUGAUAAACCAUACUUCAAGGGAGAGUUCUGCAGCCAAGGUGUCCGCGAGGGACUGAUAGUAGCUUUUAUCAAAUCCAUCUGCCAGACAGCACGGCAAUUCUGUGAGUCACCUGGAGAAAAGGGUGCAAGUACUCCACCAGUCCUCUUAUUACUUCUCUCUCGCCUCUGUCUGGAUUAUGAGACAUCAACCAUCAGCUACAUCCUAACUUUGACAGACGAGCAGUUCCUUGGACAGGAUCAUUCUCCAGUUACUCCUGUGAGUUCUCUCUGCUCCCUGGCUCGCUCCACAGCACAGACACUUCUCAAUCAGUAUGUCAAGUCUCAAGGUUUAGUUGUGUCCCAGAUGCUUCGCAAGAGUGUCGAGACCCGGGAUUGGGUGGCAACCAUUGAGCCAAGAAAUGUUCGAGCUGUGAUGAAGAGGGUAGUAGAAGAUGUCACUGGUGUUGAUGUACAGGUGGGUCUCCUGUAUGAGGAGGGAGUACGGAAAGCACACAGCAGUGAUUCUAGUAAGCGUACCUUCUCUGUAUAUAGUAGUUCUCGUCUGCAAGGAAGAUAUGCACAGAGUUACACCCCAAGCGCUCCCUUGGAUACCAACCUUCUGAGUAACAUUCAAAAGUUGUUCUCCGAGAGAAUUGACAUCUUCAGUACUGUCCAGUUCAACAAGGUCUCUAUCCUGACUGGUAUCAUUAAGAUCAGCCUGAAGACAUUCCUGGAAUGUGUUCGUCUGCGCACAUUUGGUCGCUAUGGAUUGCAGCAGAUUCAGGUGGACUGUCACUACCUGCAGCUAUACCUGUGGCGUUUUGUAAGUGAUGAAAACCUUGUUCACUGCCUGCUGGAUGAAGUGGUAGGCAGUGCGGCACACCGCUGUUUGGAUCCUUUACCCAUGGAGCAAAGUGUCAUUGAAGUCAUCUGUGAACGGGGCUGAACCAUGAUUUAAUAUUUCUAUUCUGUAUAUAUUUCCUUAACACUAAGCCGUAUCAUGUAUAUAUGGAAUAAAGAACUGUAAUGCAA